ACGGAUGAUCCGAAAUAUUUCUUUAAGGAACAUUUGUUUAUUUUUUACUAUCGUUAUAUAAGGAUAAUUUAUAUACAUAUGUUUAUGUAUAUAAAAAAUUAUGUCAAUGAAACUUAUUGUAAUGCUAAAUUAUUGUGCAUCAAAUGCUUAUUCUUACUUUCCUUAGCUGACAUUAAUUCAAACAACACCUACGUAAAGUUAAAAUUAAGUAAAAUUAAUUGUCUAAUUUUUUUUAGUAUUAAAAUUAUUACACCAUUAGUUUUUCACGGUGUAUAUUGGAAACUUAAUUAGCAAAUUUUCCAAUUAAAAUGGAAAAUAAAACAUCAAAUAUGUCUAAAAAGCCACGUAGAAGAAGAAAUAUAAAUAAAUAUACUACAAAUAUUGGUUCUCAAAAUUUAAAAACUCAAUCUUUAAUGAAUGAUAUUGCUAUUGAUGAUGGUAUCAAAACAGAAUUGAGUGAACAAUACAAAAUAUUAGUACCAAUUAAAAAACAGAAAAUUCGUGAGUACGUAACAUCAAAUGAUGAAGAGCCAACGUCUUCACCUACUUGUUCUCAAACAGAUUAUCAAAAACCUGUUAAAGUAAAAUCUAGGUGGACACAAUCAUGCCAAAUGGAAAUGCUGAUGGAAGAAUCACAAUCUUCAUUUGAAAUGUCUGAUACAGUUAUUGAUAACUCUACUGAUGAUUUCAAUGAAAAUAUUGAAUGUAAUGAAGUGUUUAGAUCUACAGAAGUACGAAGAAGCUCUCGUAGGUCUGGAAACACUAGAACUGAUUAUAGACAGUUGUUAGGAUUAAAAAAAAAUAAAGACAAAAAAGUGAAUACUCCCAAAUCCUUUAAUUUAAGGAGAGGAAGAAAAAAAAAACAUUCGAUAGAUUUACUUAAAAAAGAAAAUCAUGUCAAAGAUACAAGUACCUCUUGUGUAAGAGUUCAUGAUGAUAGUGUUUUGCAAAAAUCUUCUGUGGAUUGGAACAUAAUAACUGUAUGGGGUUCAUCUCGCAGCGUUGAUAUAGAAUUAUCCCAUAAAUCAAUUCGUAGAAAUUCUUUGUCGUGGAAUUUCAAAUUUAUAGAUACGAAUGUGGUAGAAUUACCAAAAGUGUAUAAUGAAGAUACCAAUCAAAUAUUGAAUAAAAAUACAAAAAUUUUAAAUUUACAUAAAAAUAUAUCUGAGAGUGCUACAACUAUUAACAAAAUUAUGUUAUGUAAAAGUAAUAACUUAGUUGAUAACCACAAAUCUGAAAUUAAUAAUGAAUUCAAUAUGUGUAAUAUCUUAAAUAGUAACAUUGUGUUAAGUAAAAAUACAGAAGAAAUUAUACCCCAUGUCACCCUUGAUACAAAAAUGUACGAAUCAUUAAUAAAUUCAAUAGGACAGCAGACCAAUAGUUUAAUAAGUUCAUCAAAUAUAAAAAAAUUAUCACAAAGAAAAAAUGAUACUAUAACAGAAACUAAUAAUUUUGUCAAUAAAAACUAUAAAUUGGAUUUAAAAACACAUAAAUAUUUUACUAUAAUAAAAGAUGAAUUAUUUCAAUCUAAUUUCAAUCCUCAUAAUUUAAGAUCAAAAAGUGUAGAUUCGGUAUUAGAUAAAGUGAAAACUAACAAUUUUAAUGUUCUUAAACGCUAUAAAAGUUGUGAUAAUUUUGAAGUAAAUCAUAGUUGUUCCAAAAUGAUUAUUUCAUUACCUAGUCAAGUUAAAUCUCCAACAAAAAAUAGAAGGCAAUCAAAAAGGAUAAAGCCAAAAAAUAAUUUUAUAGAUUUAUUGGAUGAUAUUAAAGUUCCUGAUGUUAAUUAUAAUAAAGUAGCUAUUGAAAUUAGCAAAGAGCAUGAGCAACAGUUAUUAAAAGCUAAAUGUAAUGAUCAAGAAUUUAAUGAAGCUCUUAAGUCGGUUAACUUUACAUUGAUUAAUGAAAAUAUGUAUAGACCUGAUAGACAAUCUAUGAAGUCUUACUCAAGUACAGAAAUAUCUAGGCUACGUAAACUUAAACAGAGGACUAUUUCUGGUGAUAUUAAUGUUUUUUGUGAAUGCACUCUAACAAAAGAAGAUAUUGUAAAGGGAAAAAUUGGAUGUGGUGAUCAAUGUCUUAAUCGAUUACUUAAAAUUGAAUGUGGAUCCAGUUGUUCACUUAAACGAUAUUGUUCAAACAAGCAAUUCCAAAAUAAACAAUUUAAAAAAACUAAACUUUUCAAAACUGAUAAUAAAGGUUAUGGAAUUUGUGCUCUUGAAGAUAUUCCGAAAGGCGUGUUAAUCUAUGAGUAUGUUGGAGAAGUAAUUGAUUAUAAUGAAAUGUGUAAUAGACUAAAAAAAAAGAUCUAUAAGAACCUUAAUUAUAUGGUUCAAUUAAAUUCUGAUGAAAUUAUCGAUUCUACUUCUAAAGGAAAUGUUACAAGAUUCAUUAACCAUAGCUGUGAUCCUAAUUCAGUUGGUGAAAAAUGGCAUGUUUUGGGUCAGUCACGUAUGGGAUUUUUCAGUACUAGACCUAUUAUGAAAGGUGAAGAGAUAACAUUUGAUUAUAGUUUUCAAGUAUUUGGUGAUGGUGCUCAAAUUUGUUAUUGUGGCUCUAGUAAAUGUCGAGGCUACAUCAGUAAAGCAUCCCAAAUUACUGAUAUUAGUAGUUCUGAUGAUAGUGAUAUCACAGAUGAAAAUAAUUUACCUCAGAAAUCAGAUAAAUAUAUGAAAAGAAAGAGGAUGGUUAAGAAAAGAAUUGUUCUUAAUGAGAAAAACAAUUUAAGAGAAUUGGGUCGUCAGCUUACUGAAAUAAGCAAACUGAAGACUGGUUUUAAGGCUGAUCAAGAAAUGGCUACAUUAAACUUAAAUAGACUUAUGGUUCACAUAUCUGAUUCUGUCAGUCGUUUGCAUAUUUUAAAUUUUAUAAGAGAACACGACAUGAAUCAUAAACGGUUAUUUAUGGAUUUCAAUGGACUUAGUAUAAUCCAUAAUUGGAUGACAUCAAAUGAUAACAAAGAACUUAAAAUCAUGAUUUUAGAAAUGUUAGCUGAGUUACCUAUUAUGAAUAGAAAUACUAUUACUAAAUCAAAAGUGUUAGAUGUUGUUGCUGAAUGGGCUCAAAUUCCUUUUGAUGCUAAAUCAAAAAUUGAAAAUUUAGAGUAUACUUCCCAUGAAUCAGACAAACAUUGCCAAGAAAUAGAAAAUAUAUUACCAAGUUACCCUAACAGUAAUGAUGAAGCCGUAAAUUUUGUUGAAAAGGCUCGUUCAUUAUGGAAAAAAUGGAUAGUUCUAAAAAUAGUUUUUAAAAUACCGAAAAAAUUAGAGCAACAAAAAUUAGAAAUUCCAGAAAGAGUUUUGCAUAACAUCAAUGAUGAUUAUGAUCAUACAGUUCAUAGUAUAGAAAUAUUGGAGCGAAAGAUGUCGAAAAUUCCUUACAAAACUAAUAGCAAAAUAAAUAAUAAAAUCCGGCCAACUACCAAUUUGGUAUAUAUGGAUCGUAUAAAAAUAAGAAAAGAGUAUGAACAAAAAAUUGAAUUGGAAAGAAAAAAAAAUUUUAGAAAGAAGGUAUUAGAUAAUUGGAUGGAUAAUAAGGAAUGUAUUAUGAAAAUAACACAAAAUGGUAUAGUUCAACGUCAUCAAGAACCUAUGCAUUCACCAAGUUAUAUCACACCUCAUAUACUUAAUAAUAAUGAUGUAAGAAAAACAAGAUGGGACAAUCAACCUACCAUUAUUGUACAACCUACAAAUAUAAGUAAUACUAUUCACCAAAAUAUUCAAAGUUUAAAUGCUUUACCACCAGAAACUUUAUUACAGUCCAAACUUGUAAGCAGAUCACCAUACUUACCAAUUCAUCAACUACACUCAAAUUGCCAACUUGACUUUCCAUUGACACACAACCCAUUACAACCAUCCCCUUCACCUUUAUUUAAUUCAUCAAUACUAGUACAACCUUUUUCAAAAAAAUUACCUACAUCUUUAGUAAAUAUUGCACAAAAUGAUUUUGAUUCUGAAAAAUCUCUAGUGUCUCCCACUAAAUUAAUUUUGAAUUCUCUGAAUAGUAAUGUACAUCACUUUAUGCAAAAUAGUUUACUUAAAAAUAAUCAAUCCAGUCAAGUCUCAAGUUCUAAUCAAAUAGAUGAAAUUUUAAAAAAUAUAAAAGCUGUAAAAUCUGGUGUAGAUUUAUUAGCAAGAAUUAGAGUAAUUAGUAAAUCUUUUAAAAAACAACCCUCUAAACUGUUAAAAAUAAAAAAUUCAGUUCAAUCAAAGUUUCCACAACCACCUUUAAAUUUAUCUGAUGUUUCAUUGUUUUCAAUAACUGGAGAAAAUAAAAAAGUAGUUUUUUAUAAUAAAGAAGCAAAUAUAGCAUCUAACUCAUUGUGCUCCAAUUUAUUACAAUUUCCUACUAAAUUUUGUUUGAACUAUAAGAAUAAAUUUUCUACGGCAAUAUUAAACUCUCUAUUGAGUAAAACAAAAGAUGAAAACAAAUUUUCUGUGCCAAAAACUUUUAUUAUUCAAAAUAUGAAUUCUGAAGUACUAACUUGCAAUAAAGUUAAUAAAGAAAUUGAACUACAUAAAAAAUUGAAGUUUAAAAAAUACCGAAAAGUAGUUGGAUACUUGAAAACUCAAAAUAGUGUAUUACCAGUUUUCAAAAAGAAAAUAGGACUGAGGCUUAAAGGAAUUAAAGGUAUUCACUAUAAAAUUCCAGCAACUAAAAGAAAUAUGGUGCGCAAAGGAAAUAUUCAUCGUUUAGCUCUAAAAAAUUGUAUUAUUAAAACCAAAUCUGCUUUAAAAAAACAUACAAAUGUGAAUGUAGAUGAUCCUUUAAAAAAAACAAAAGAGAAAAGAGUCACAUUUUUGAUUGAAGGAGAAUCUGAUAAUUCAACAAGUGUUGAUGUUCGGCCAAUAAACUUAAAUCAAAUCACUUCCAAACAAAAACCAUUAAUGAAAUGUCACCCUUUUGAAAUUCGUAAAGAAUUUAAUAUAAGUAGUUCUACAUUACAACCAUCAACAUCUUCUGAAGAUACUGAACCACAAAUUUCUUCUAAUCAGAUUAAUGAUAGUGAUUCUAUGAUUUCACCAAUUGUUUCAAAACUUAAAUUGUUAAGAAAUAGAAAAAUGAAAAACUUACGAAAUAAAUCUAAUAGCUUGGAACAGUUACCAGUUAAAAGGAAACAUAAAAUACCAGUUAGUAUGAUGUCUUUUUCUACAGAUGUGUUAAAACUCAUUCCAGAUAGUCGCAAAGAAAUGAAAAAAAUAAUGGACUACCAUAACUCAAUGGCUACAAUCAUUGUGAAGACUUUAGGAUGUUAUGCUAAAAAAACUUGUCAACAAGGUCGUAUUAGAAGUGACGAAGAUUUCAAAUUUCUAGCUAAAAAGAUUAAUGAGAAUAUUUUAUUAAAAGAGCUACAAUUAAAAAAAGCUGAUAAAUUGAAAAUAAGUAACAAUACAAAAGAAAAAGUAGCAGACUAUAUUAAAAAAUAUAUGUCUAGAUUUGGAGAAGUCUAUAAAAGGAAAAAAAUUGAUUAUAGUGGCCUACAAAAACAAAACAAUUUAUCUGACAAGUAACAAAGUGGUGUUUCCUAUGUAAUUUUAAGAACAUAUGUAUGAACUAAUGUUUAAGAGUUUUUAUUUUUAUAUUUUUAAUGUGAUCUGUUGUAAAGUAUUUUUAAGGAUAAGGUUUUUAGCAUUAAUUUUUAUUUUGAGUUAUAUCUGACUGAUUAGUUACUUAUUUUUUACAUUUAAAGGUAAAAUAUUAUUAUUUAGUAUAUAUAUUUUGUAAAUCCUAGAAAAACUAAACAUUUAUGAAAAAUGUAUUGUUUUUUUUUUUACUUGUUGUUAAUUUUAUUUGCCUUGUACUGAGAUCAAAAGAAUAUUAAAGUAAUAUAAAACUAUGCCAAAUGGUAUAAUACAAUAAAUUUA